AGGAGCAGGCGGCGAUGCGGACGCCGACUCUGGCUGUGGGGCGCCUGAGCUGCCACGGCUGGGCCCCGGCUCCUGGAAGGACCGCGUAGCUAUCGGAAGGACCAUGGCGUCCCCGGCGCUGGCCGCAGCACUGGCGGUGGCGGCGGCUGAGGGCCCAAACAGGAGCGACGCGGGCGAAUGGGGUAGCGGCGGGGGUGUCAACGCCUCGGGGACCGACUGGGGGCCACCGCCGGGCCAGUACUCCGCAGGUGCUGUGGCGGGGCUGGCAGCCGUGGUGGGUUUCCUCAUCGUUUUCACCGUGGUGGGCAACGUGCUCGUGGUGAUCGCCGUGUUGACCAGCCGAGCGCUGCGCGCCCCGCAAAACCUCUUCCUGGUGUCUCUGGCCUCGGCUGACAUCCUGGUGGCCACACUGGUCAUGCCCUUUUCGCUGGCCAAUGAGCUCAUGGCCUACUGGUACUUUGGGCAAGUGUGGUGUGGUGUGUACCUGGCACUGGACGUGCUCUUCUGCACCUCGUCCAUCGUGCACCUGUGUGCCAUAAGUCUGGACCGAUACUGGUCGGUGACGCAAGCAGUAGAGUACAACCUGAAGCGCACGCCGCGGCGUGUCAAGGCCACCAUCGUGGCCGUGUGGCUCAUCUCGGCUGUCAUAUCCUUCCCGCCUCUCGUCUCAUUCUACCGCCGGCCCGACGGCGCCGCCUACCCGCAGUGCGGCCUCAACGAUGAGACCUGGUACAUCUUGUCCUCCUGUAUAGGCUCCUUCUUCGCGCCCUGCCUCAUCAUGGGCCUGGUCUAUGCGCGCAUCUACCGCGUGGCCAAGCUGCGCACGCGUACGCUCAGCGAGAAACGCACCCCCUCUGGCCCCGACGGCGCGUCCCCGACCACAGAAAAUGGGCUGGCAAAGGCAGCGGGGGAGAAUGGGCAUUGCGCGCCCCCGCGCACUGAUGUGGAGCCGGAUGAGAGCAGCGCAGCGGAGAGGAGGAGGCGCCGGGGCGCGCUGCGUAGAGGAGGACGGCGGCGAGAGGGCACCGAGGGGGACAUAGGCAGUGUGGACGGACCAGGACCGGGGCUGGCAGCGGAGCAGGGCGCCCGGACGGCGUCUCGGUCUCCUGGUCCCGGAGGACGCUUGUCGCGGGCCAGCUCGCGCUCCGUCGAGUUCUUUCUGUCGCGCCGGCGCCGGGCGCGCAGCAGUGUGUGCCGCCGCAAGGUGGCCCAGGCGCGCGAGAAGCGCUUCACCUUCGUGUUGGCGGUGGUCAUGGGCGUGUUCGUACUCUGCUGGUUCCCCUUCUUCUUCAGCUACAGUCUGUAUGGCAUCUGCCGCGAGGCCUGCCAGCUGCCAGAGCCGCUUUUUAAGUUUUUCUUCUGGAUCGGCUACUGCAACAGUUCGCUCAAUCCGGUCAUCUACACUGUCUUUAACCAGGACUUCAGGCGCUCUUUCAAGCACAUCCUCUUCCGAAGGAGGAGAAGGGGCUUCAGGCAGUGACUCUCAGG